GAGGAAGCAAGAAGAUCUCCAACGUUCCCAAACUUAUUUUAUUGUUCCAUCCUUUGCGUGCACAAUGAGAGAAAUUGUUCAUAUUCAGGCUGGCCAGUGUGGAAACCAGAUUGGUGCCAAAUUCUGGGAAGUGAUUAGUGACGAGCAUGGCAUCGAUCCCACGGGGACCUACCAUGGAGACAGUGACCUGCAGCUGGACAGGAUCAACGUUUACUAUAAUGAAGCGACAGGAGGCAAAUAUGUGCCGCGUGCUGUUCUUGUGGACUUGGAACCAGGCACCAUGGACUCUGUGAGAUCUGGACCGUUUGGCCAGAUAUUUCGACCUGACAAUUUUGUGUUUGGUCAAAGCGGUGCUGGUAACAACUGGGCCAAAGGUCAUUACACCGAGGGAGCUGAGGUGGUGGACUCGGUCCUGGAUGUUGUGCGCAAAGAGUCGGAAAACUGCGACUGCCUGCAAGGUUACCAGCUCACACAUGCCCUCGGCGGUGGAACAGGAUCAGGCAUGGGAACCUUGCUCAUCAGCAAGAUCCGUGAGGAAUACCCUGAUAGGAUCAUGAAUACGUUCAGCGUGGUGCCUUCACCUAAGGUGUCCGACACGGUGGUGGAGCCGUACAACGCCACCCUGUCCAUCCACCAGCUGGUUGAGAACACAGAUGAAACCUACUGCAUCGACAACGAGGCUCUCUACGACAUCUGUUUCCGCACGCUCAAGCUGACCACGCCCACUUACGGAGACCUGAACCACCUGGUUUCCUCCACCAUGAGCGGCGUCACCACCUGCCUACGCUUCCCGGGUCAGCUCAACGCCGACCUCCGAAAACUGGCCGUCAACAUGGUGCCUUUCCCCCGUUUACACUUCUUCAUGCCGGGCUUUGCCCCCCUGACCAGCAGGGGGAGCCAGCAGUACCGAGCUCUAACCGUUGCCGAACUCACCCAGCAAGCGUUCGACGCCAAGAACAUGAUGGCGGCGUGCGACCCGCGUCAAGGCCGCUACCUGACCGUGGCCACCAUUUUCCGGGGGCGCAUGUCCAUGAAGGAGGUGGACGAGCAGAUGCUCAACGUGCAGAACAAGAACAGCAGCUACUUCGUCGAGUGGAUCCCCAACAACGUCAAGACCGCCGUCUGCGACAUUCCUCCCCGCGGCCUCAAGAUGGCCGUCACCUUCAUCGGCAACACCACCGCCAUCCAGGACAUGUUCAAACGUAUCUCUGAGCAGUUCACAGCCAUGCUGCGUCGGAAGGCCUUCCUGCACUGGUACACGGGCGAAGGCAUGGACGAGAUGGAGUUCACCGAAGCCGAGAGCAACAUGAAUGAUCUGGUGUCCGAGUACCAGCAGUACCAGGACGCCAGUGCGGAGGAUGAAGGGGAAGGCGAGGAAGAGGGCGAAGAAGAUUAAGCGUAUUGUUACAUUAUUAGUAUUAUACCUUUUGUUCUAAAUAUUGUCUCACAUUGGCAAAACUAAAUUGGCCCUAGUGUGUGAAUGUGAGUGUGAAUGUUGUCUGUCUAUCUGUGUUGGCCCUGUGAUGAGGUGGCGACUUGUCCAGGGUGUACCCCGCCUUCCGCCUGAUUGUAGCUGAGAUAGGCUCCAGCGACCCCAAAGGGAAUAAGCGGUAGAAAAUGGAUGGAUGGAUGAACAAGUUCACCAGAUUUCAGUCAUGCUAAUUAUGCAAAUUGAUUUAAACUAGUUGGUAUUGUUAUUAAUUAGGCUCUUGUGUAUCAACCAUGGCCGCCCCACCCUAUACAUAUUGAUCAUGCGCCAUGCCAGCCAUUGGGCAUGAAGGGGCGUUUUGCGUGUAUAAUUAAUUAAUUAAGGGGCGCUUCAUCUGAAAUUUUACCGCAAACAUUUCGAGCCGCUUCCUGCUCCGUCACUGAUAAGAUAUAAUGUCAAACUUCCCAACACAAAUGCAACUAGCUCCUGUGGGGUACAGUGUUAGUCAUUUUAUUGUGAGACAGGUACUGAGCUCAAAUCUUGGUCUGACCUGAUUUAGGAAGGUUUUUAAUUACCGUAUUUCUCGGACUAUAAGGCGCUGUUAAAAUCCUUUAAUUUUCUCAAAUCGACAGUGUCUUGUGUAACUGAAUUCUGGUUGUGCUUACCAACCUCGAAGCAAUUAUAUUUGAUACAUGGUGUAAUAAGUGUGACCAGUAGAUGGCAAUCUCAUAAGAGAUUUGUAGACUUUGGUAAGCUACUGAGCCGCACCACUUGAUGGAUUGUCAGCGCAAUACGGCUACCGUAGUCAGACGUGCUGUGCUUCAACAUACGGGUAUUAUGGAGUGUGUGUGUGUGUGUACAUAAGGACCCCAAAAUGGCACCUAUUGGAAUACAUGUGGCGUUUUGUUUCGCCUUAUUAUGCAAAAUCAACUUUUCUUACCUAUUGGUACCUGCUAAUGUGUAUUUGGGAUCUGCAUAAGUUCGGAAAAUGUGUGCCUGUGUAGCCUGUGCCGUAGUCAAUAAGCUCCUUUUUUGCGGGGCAUGCAUCAUCCGCUGUUGUCAUUUCUAAUAUAAAAUAGUGUAUACUGUAGUUCUGACAUCUGUCAGUAGACUCGCUAUGGGAGCGCCAAAAACUACAACAAAAAAUGAGAAGAUGCUGUCGAAGUGGAACCACGUAAAUAAGACCGCCCACAAAAUGGCGCAUCCUGAUGACGAAAAAAGCGGCUUAACGAUGGUCUUUAAAACAUAAUAGAUGCAACAUUUUGACCAAAAAAACACCAUUACAUGUUACGUAGACCACAAGAAAGUGUUUUAAAUGUAGAAAAAUGCAUCAUAAUAUGACACCUUUAAUGGGUCUUACAAUUUGUUGCGCCUUUUGUAUGGAAAUACAUCUGAAUAGACCCGCUCAUUGGCAGCGCGCCUUAUCAUUCAGUGCGCUCUAUGGUCCGAAACAUACGGUAUGUUAAAAUUGGUAUUUUAUCUUACAAUUUUUUUUUUAUUCCCCAUUAUUUUUGUUACCACAAAACAUGCAUAAAUUAAAUUUAAGUUUGAUUAAAAAGUAUGAAAAAUAUAUUUUUUAGCCUAGGGGCAGCCCUGCUAUCAACUAUUACAAUAAAAGUUCAAUCAUCAAUGUUUGAUAUUGAAAUUAAAACGAUUAAGUUUUGAUAUGACCUUGACGGAGACCUCUUACAACCCUCUGCUUGCCCCCAAUGGACUGAACUCUCAUAUUAUCAUGAAUCAUUUGCAAUAACUACCCACAUCUGCGGCCCCUUCCCAAGGACUCUGUUCUCCCAUUUUGGGUUUUAAGUUUUUCCUUGCCCGGAUGUGUGUUCAGACCAGUGAUUUCAU